GGUCGGCUCUGCCGGACCCAGUUUCAGCCGCUGAGGGCGCAGAGGCCCCGGAUCUAGCUUCAGAAUCAAAUGCAAAAUGUUUUCCGCAAUCUUCCCGGCUGUCACAGGCAUUUCUGCCAUCCUAGGGCGUUUCCUUGCCUCUCUAGCUAGCCGGAUUCCAGUUCUGAAGAAUUAUCUGCAUGAUAUUCAACAGAAGCAUGUGACCUUCAGUGAACGAAAGGGUUUGCAAAGUAUUGCCUCAUUAGUAUCCACUGUAAAGGAGAACCCUCAGCCCAUCCCUGCCAGGACUCAAGGCCAUUUCCCCAAGUGGCUCAAUGGUUGUCUGAUUCGGAUUGGACCUGGGAAGUUUGAAUUUGGAAAGGAAAAGUACAAUCACUGGUUCGAUGGCAUGGCCCUGCUUCACCAGUUCAAGAUGGAGGAUGGCACUGUGACAUACAAGAGCAAGUUUCUGCAGAGUGACACCUAUAAGACCAACAGCAUUCACAACCGGAUUAUGGUCUCAGAAUUUGGGACGCUGGCCCUGCCUGAUCCAUGCAAGAGUGUUUUGGGACGCUUCAUGUCAAAGUUUGAGUCCUUUACCAUGACAGACAACACCAGUGUCAACUGUGUGAGGUACAAGGGUGAUUACUACGUCAGCACUGAAACUAACUACAUGAAUAAAAUGGAUCCUGAAUCCCUGGAAAAAAUAGAAAAGGUGGAUUGGAGCAAAUUUAUUGCAGUGAAUGGAGCAACUGCGCAUCCACAUUAUGAUCCUGAUGGGACUGCUUACAACAUGGGGAAUUCCAUUGGGUCACAUGGUUCCUUCUAUAAUGUUAUCCAGGUUCCUCCUCAGAAAGCGGACCUUGACGAGACACUCCAUGGAGCUCGAGUGAUAUGUUCCAUUCCUUUUGACCAAAAAAUGAAACCUUCCUAUUACCACAGCUUUGGGAUGACAAAAAACUAUGUCAUUUUCAUUGAGCAGCCCCUAAAGAUGAACCUGUGGAAAAUCAUCACUUCCAAAAUUCGAGGGAAGGCCAUUUCAGAUGGGAUCAGCUGGGAACCCCAAUAUAAUACACGGUUUCAUGUGGUGGAUAAGCAUACAGGACAAUGCCUUCCAAGGAUAUUUUAUAGUAAACCUUUUAUAACUUUUCAUCAAAUCAAUGCCUUUGAGGACCAGGACUGUGUUGUAGUGGAUCUGUGUUGCCAGGAUGAUGGUAAAAUCCUGAACAUUUACCAGUUACAGAAUCUACGGAAAACAGGGGAAGAGCUGGACCAGGUCUACAACUCAGCGCCAAGAGCUUUCCCCCGAAGAUUUGUUUUGCCAUUGGGUAGUAGCACAGAUUCCUCCGUGGGACAGAACCUCAGUCCGUUGACCUACUCAUCAGCUACUGCUGUGAAACAGAAAGAUGGGACGAUCUGGUGCUCUCAUGAAAAUCUCUAUCACAAGGAUCUGGAAGAGGAAGGGGGCCUAGAGUUUCCCCAGAUAAACUAUGCUCAAUGUAACAGCGUGAAGUACCGAUUCUUUUAUGGCUGUGGCUUUAGACACCUGGUGGGAGAUUCUCUGAUCAAAGUUGAUGUUGUGACCAAAAAACUGAAGGUAUGGAGAAAGGAUGGAUUUUAUCCCUCAGAACCUGUUUUUGUUCCAGUGCCUGGAGCCAGUGAAGAAGAUGGUGGAGUUAUUCUUUCUGUAGUGAUCACUCCCAACCAGAAUGAAAAUAACUUUCUGCUGGUGCUGGAUGCCAAGACCUUUGAAGAACUGGGCCGAGCCGAAGUGCCAGUGCCAAUGCCCUAUGGCUUUCAUGGCACCUUUGUUCCCAGGCAGUAGGGACACUGUCAAGGACAUGAUGACCAGAUGGGAAAUGGAAAGACCCUGAUAUGUUGGCACCCAGAGAGAUAUCUUGUUUCUUUUUCAUUCAGUCAUCAAUCAAUAAAGAUUUAUUAACAACAUUCUAGGCCAGUCACUGCACUAAGCACUGGGGAUAUUAAAAAAAGGCCAAAGAUAGUUCGUGAUUUCAAGGAAUUUAUAAUCUAUUCCAAACAUCAUGCACUGCAGCUAUGAAAGCAAUCUGUUGCCUUGGCCUUCUAAAUCAUGAACACUGGAGAGUAAUUUUGAAAUCCUCAAAGUGCUUUUAGGUAGCAAGAAAAUAUUAAGCUAAAAUAUCAUGGUCUCACAUUUAUAUAGCUUUGUAGCUUUUAAAAUUAAUUUUCAUUUUUUUCUAAGUUAACAUAUACUAAUAGAAUGGAUAUUUGCAUGGAUUAUACAUAAAAUGGUAGAUCUCCUAAGCAAUGUUUAUACAUUGUACAAUAUGUGUAUAUGCAUGUGUACAUAUACAUAUAUUGUAUAUCUAUACAUACAACUUUCUCUUUUGUACAGCUUGAUUUUCUUUUUAAAUAUUUAAUAAGAAUUUGAAAGCUACAGCUUUUAAAGGACAACUAGGUGGUACAAUGGAUAGAGUGCUGGUCCUGGAGUUAGGAAGAUUCAGGUUAAAAUAUUACCUCAUAUCCUUACUAGUUUUGUGAUUCUGAGCAAGUAUCUUAACUCUUGUUUGUUUCCUUGUCUGUAAACUGAGCUGAAGAAGGGAAUGGUAAACCACAUCAGUAUCUUCAUCAAAAAAAUGCCAAAUAAGGUCAUGAAGAGUCAGAUACAAUUGAGAAUGAAUAAAUAACAGCUUCCAAGUUGUCCUACUUAUUUGCUGUUUCUCCGUUUAUCCAUUUUAAAAAAGGCUCCUUCUGAUUUUAUUUCAUUUCCCCCACCCAUUUUAUCCCUAUUUCUUCUUAUUCUCCUCUCUAGAAAUAAAGUUCUUGUAAUAAAUACCCAGUUAAGAAAAACAGAUUCCUACCUUGACUGUGCCUGAAAAUAAACGAUUUUACUGUA